UUUCACUCGCCCUUUCCGUUUUCUCUCACUCCACCUUUUCCCGGCUUCAUUUCUAGGGCUUUCUCUCUCCCCCCGUGUUUCCAGGGGUUCGUCUCCGGCGUCUGCAUUUUGAAGUGAUUGAACGGAGAAAGAUAUAACGUUUCCAGCUUUCGAAUCAGGUGGUAACUGUAUUGAUUUUGCUGGCAUUGGCUAUUCACUCUGUUCUAGGGAUAACGUCUACCCGUUAAUGUACGGCCUUCUGCUAUAAAUGCAUUGUGGCACAAGCAAUGAGAUUUCACGAAGCCUUUGCUUGAUGGACUGCUCACCCAGCAGCAGUGACAAGAAAACUCUAAAGAGGUGGUUCUUCAUAGAUAAGAGGGUUGGGUAAAGAAUAUCUCUCUACCUUAGGUUAAUACUAGGGCCAAAUUUCUCUCCAAGAAGUGGUUCACUAUUUUUCUGGGGGUGGCCUUGUGCAAGUAAUCUGGACAAAUGGAUUUGAAUUCAACAAUUGCCUCUCCUGUUCUCACUGAACCUGCACCAAUAAAUAAGUCCAGACUCGGAAUACACUCCAGUCUUUUGCCUUUUUCGCAAUCUGGAGCACCAUUCUCCUCGGGCAUAUUAAUUCCGAGAAAGAAGCCAGGGAAGCUUGAUGAUGUUCGGUCCAAUGGUUGGCUCGAUGCCAUGAAAUCUUCAUCACCACCCCAGAAGAAGCUACUUAAGGAUUUCAAUGUUGAGGUGGCCUCAGAUGAUAGUGAUGUUGCUUACUACUCCUGGAUGCUUAAGCACCCUUCGGCUCUAAGCUCCUUUCAGCAAAUCAUGAACCACGCAAGGAAUAAAAAGAUAGUAAUGUUUUUAGAUUAUGACGGGACUCUUUCUCCAAUAGUCAAUGACCCUGAUCGGGCCUUCAUGUCUGAUGAGAUGCGUUCUACUGUUAGGAAUCUUGCAAAUUAUAUCCCGACAGCAAUAAUUAGUGGAAGGAGCCUUGACAAGGUGUAUGAGUUGGUAGGACUAACAGAUCUCUACUAUGCGGGUAGUCAUGGUAUGGACAUCAUGUUCCCGGUUAGAGACAGUGCGUUUGCUGACCCUUCGAAUCGUAUUAAAUCUACUGACCAGCUGGGCAAGGAGGCAAACCUCUUCCAGCCCGCUAGAGAAUUUUUACCCAUGAUUAAUGAGGUUUUUAGAAUCCUUGUCGAGAAAACUAAAGAUAUCAAAGGUGCUAAAGUUGAGAAUCACAAAUUUUGUGCAUCUGUACAUUACCGUAACGUAGAUGAGAAGAAUUGGCCUACAAUUGCACAAUGUGUUCUUGACAUUUUAAAAGGUUACCCGCUAUUGCAACUAAACCAUGGCCGGAAGGUUUUAGAGGUCCGUCCAGUGAUCAACUGGGAUAAAGGGAAAGCAGUUGAGUUUCUUCUCGAGUCACUUGAGCUAAAUAAUAGAGAGGAUGUGCUCCCAAUCUAUGUCGGAGACGACAGGACCGAUGAAGAUGCUUUCAAGGUAUUUCGGGAGGGAAAUCGAGGUUAUGGAAUUCUUGUAUCGUCUAUACCGAAAGAAACAAAGGCAAAAUUCUCUCUCAAAGAUCCUUCAGAGGUGCAACGAUUCCUGAAGUGUCUUGUGAGAUGGAAGGAGAAAAAUGAACUGCUGAAGUCCAUAAACAAUAGGAGCCUUGAGUUUAGUGACUUAUUUAGAUGAUAGACUGUUUUCAGUUUUAUUUAAAUAAAAGUAUUGCAGUUUCUGGUAAAUUAGGACA